AUGGUGCUGGAGACAGGAUACGUGGGCACGGGUGGGCUUGGUGGCCUAGCUUCGAUGUCGUUGCCCAGCAUUCCUGUGGUCUGGUUGGAGGAGGGCAGACGCAGGUUUGACACGUCGGCAGGCACUGUAGAGAUGGGGUACGGCAACGAGGAGAAGGGGGAGGACGAGGGCGAGGACGAGGAAGAAAGGAGUGAGAGAUGUCGUGCAGUGAGAUCGUCGUCGACGGUCGAAGUCCUAUCUGCCUUUCUCAAGCCUCCAUUUCUCCACCAUCAUGACCAUAGUCACCAGUCAUGA